UUGCAAGCGGUGACAGGUUAACGUGCUUGGUAUGGGGAUCACGUCUGAUUUUACCACAAUAUGGCUGAGGUUUGAGUCUUGACAUGAAGACAUUGACAAGAAGACCUGCAGAGAGUGUGUGCUUCAGCCCUAAUUAACUGUUAGAAGCUAAGCUUGACUAAAGAUCAAAGUCAAGAGACAAAGAUGGCCAUCUGUUGGAAGAACUGCUUCUUCACUCUCAUAUUGCUUCCCGUGGUUACAGCAACACAUUCUAACUGCAUAAUUAAAAAGGAGCAAGAAACCUGUCUGGAGAAAAUACGGAGGGCAGCUGCUUUGAACCCUCUUAAUGACUCUUCUCCAGGUUGCCCAGGAAUGUGGGACAACAUUACAUGCUGGAAACCUGCAAGUGUGGGUGAAAUUGUCUUUGUCAAGUGUCCUGCUCUGUUCAGAUUUAUCAUCUCUGAAGAUGGUUGGGAAGUAGACAACUUGGGGCAAACUCACGCAGGUGAUUAUGACCUGCUGGAAAGCACAGCCGAGACUCCCCUAGGGGACAUCAGCAGAAAUUGCACUGAAGAUGGCUGGUCUGAACCUUUUCCUCAUUAUUAUGAUGCCUGCGGCUUUGAUGAAAAUGAAACAGAGUCAGACAACCAGGAUUACUACUAUCUAUCCGUGAAGGCGCUGUACACAGUUGGAUACAGCACGUCCCUCGUUUCCCUCACCACUGCCAUGGUGAUCCUGUGUCGUUUCAGGAAGCUUCACUGCACUCGGAACUUUAUCCACAUGAACCUCUUUGUUUCAUUCAUCCUACGUGCAAUAUCAGUAUUCAUUAAAGAUGGAGUUCUUUAUGCUGAGCAAGAUGGCAACCACUGUUUUAUCUCCACUGUGGAGUGCAAAGCAGUGAUGGUGUUUUUUCACUACUGUGUCAUGUCCAACUACUUCUGGCUUUUCAUUGAGGGGCUGUACCUUUUCACAUUACUGGUAGAAACCUUCUUCCCAGAGAGGAGGUAUUUCUACUGGUACACUAUUAUUGGCUGGGGCACCCCAACAAUUUGUGUCACUGUCUGGGCAGUGCUGAGGCUUCACUUUGAUGAUACUGGCUGCUGGGACAUGAAUGACAACACUGCCUUGUGGUGGGUGAUCAAGGGUCCUGUGGUUGGGUCAAUCAUGAUAAACUUUGUGCUUUUUAUUGGCAUCAUUGUGAUACUUGUGCAGAAACUCCAGUCACCUGACAUUGGAGGCAAUGAAUCCAGCAUUUAUUUCAGCUGCGUUCAGAAAUGCUACUGUAAGCCUAAGAGGGCUAACCAGCACUCUUGCAAGAUGUCAGAACUAUCAACCAUUACCCUGAGAUUGGCUCGCUCUACACUACUGCUUAUCCCCUUGUUUGGAAUUCACUACACGGUGUUUGCUUUUUCUCCGGAAAAUGUCAGUAAGCGGGAGAGACUAGUGUUUGAAUUGGGACUGGGAUCUUUCCAGGGUUUUGUUGUUGCUGUUCUCUAUUGUUUCUUGAACGGGGAGUUUCUCCCUAAAGGUGCAAUCAGAAAUAAAGAGAAAAUGGAGGAGCUGGAAAGUCAACCGGUAUUUUGCUGUGGAUUUCAAACAUCGUCAUCCUUCUCUAGCGAGCAGCGGAGUGAACGGGGGGACACAACUCUCCAUUCUGAGCAAGAGCAGCUCUCAGAUUCGGAUGUCCAGCAUAAAUGCGGAGAAUCUAGCGACAUGAGCAGCUAAGGAAAACAAAUCAAUCAACAAGCAAACCAAAAACCAUCACUUUAAAAAGAAAACAAAAAAAAAACCAACAUCAUUUUGGUGGUGGUGUAGGCUUCCUUCCCUUCCCUUCCCUUCCCUUCCCUUCCCUUCCCUUCCCUUCCCUUCCCUUCCCUUCCCUUCC